AGAUUGAAGACUUUAUAAAGCAAAAGUUGAGGCGUUACAAUGCAAUAAACAGCAAAUUGUUAAACAAAAAGGAGUUUUUGUUGCUGUAACGAAAAAAAAAAGUGAAACUCGCCGGAAAACAAAGUAUGAACCUUUACGACGACGAGUCACUGAAGCAGGAGGUAAUCUACCUCCACUCCCUCUGGCACCAAGGCCCUCCCACCCGAAACCCGAUCCACGACCCGGUUCAGAGAUCCAGGCCCAAUUACAUCCCUCCGGCGGAUUUUCAGCUUCUCUCUCGCUACGGAGCCAACCCUAUUCACCCCCAACCUCCCCUCAGCAACAAGCGCUCCAGACCCGGGUCGGAUCGUGAAUGGCCCGUGAAGGAGCUGCCCCGUUAUCCUCCCACGGGCUGGCCCGAAGCCAAGCCGUGCAAAAAGGCUCGACCUUUAUCAGAUUCGGAGAAAGCGAAGCUCGCCGUGAGUCAGAUUCAGAGAGACACCCACCGCGCUUGCCGCGAGUUUUUCGGCAAGAGAGCAGCAACAUCUGGUGAAGAAUCGGAUGCUGAUGAUGGAGGAGGAGGAGGAGGAGGAGACGAGGAGUUUCAGUUUCUGUCGAGGCUGUUCGAGGAGAACGCGAAGCUGAAGGAGAGUUACGAGAAGAACACUGUGCACGGAGAAGUGUGGUGUCUCGUCUGUGGUGGGAGCGGGGAGAAGAGUGUGAGGAAGUUUAAGAACUGUUUGGCUUUGGUUCAGCAUUCGCUUGCUAUUCAUAAGACUAUGAGGAAUCAGCAUAGGGCUCUUGCGCAGGUUGUGUGCAAUGUUCUUGGAUGGGAUGUUAACAAUCCUGUUGCUUCCAGCCAAAAAGACUCUCAGACAUUAGGGGUAGAGGCGGCUGUGGAAGGUGCUACUGAGCUGCCUCCAGACCUAAAGAAGCUUCAGGAGAAACAACUUGUGAUGUCUGCUGAUGAACAGGCAAAGGCUGUUGUGUUACAAAUGCAGCAGAAUGCAUCAGAAGCUUUGAAAGGCAUUUCUGUCAAGGAUACUACUGGUUCAGUAGAGAAUGGUGAUGAACAAGUUUCCGAGGAGUUGGAGUCAAUAUCACGACUCUUCUCAGAGAACGUUGAGCUGAAAAGUUACUACGAGAAAAACUCUGAAGGUGGACACUUUGUAUGCCUAGUGUGUUGUGCUGCGACUGAUAAGAAGAUGUUAAAGAGGUUCAAGCACUGUCAUGGACUUGUUCUGCACUCUACUAAAACCCCGAAAAUCGCAAUAAGAGCUCACAAGGCUUUUGCUCGGUUUGUAUGUGGACUACUUGGGUGGGAGUUUGAUCAUCUUCCACGUAGAAUAGUGAAAGGUGGUGCUCCUCUUGUCGAAUCUAGUGCCAACCAGAACAAUGAGAAGCCAUCAUCGAUGAUCGAGGAACAUAUGAACGAAGACGAAGUCGAUUUUCCAGAGGAAGAUAACGAGCCAUGCGUUGGAAAGUAGAUGGAUGCAAGCACAAUCAAAUAACACAUUGUUCUCUUCUGGGAGUUCAAUUUAAAGAUUCAAGAUAAACAAAGUUAUGUAAAUGGAGGGCACUGAAUCUUCAGGUACCAUUACUAGUUUUGUUCAUCUCAUAAGUCUUCUUAUGACUUGCCAGACUUGGUGCAGAGUCAUCAUUGACAAUGUGUAUACCAAACUUUUGAUUCUAAAAUUUUCAUUACUUAAGAAUACUCUCUUCUUAUCAUUGAGAGAUUUGGAGUAUUCUAAUCUUGAAAUUUUAAAGAUACUUGAAAAGAAAAUGUUGCCAGACAUUUAAUAAAUAAUUUUAUUUA